GCUCACUAAACUUCAAAAUCGACAAAAUUUUUGUUAAAUACGCUUAAAAGUUUAGAAAUACCUGCAGGAGAUUCUAACCACAACAAUAACCUGUUCCAUAACUGACUAAAUUUACUUUAGACUUGUAAAUUAUAUUAUUAUAUUAUAUAUUAUAUGACCAAAAUCUCUUGAAUUUUUUAUUUUACUUAUAAUUUAUUCUUUCUUUCUUUCUUGUUUUAUUUUGUUUAUUUAUCUAGAUCUUUAUAAUAUCGAAUCUAACUCAAGACUUAUAAGUUCAAGAUGAAUUAUAAUUUACAUCCAGUAUCAUAUCUAAAUGCUCAACAGCCAGCUAAUAUUUCUGCCCCAUCUAAUAAUAAUAUUAGUACGGUAACUAAUACUGUUAAUAUCCCUUCAUCUAAUUCCAACAAUUCAACUAAUUCUGCUAUAGAUAUGGAAGUUGAUAACGUAUCUUCAACAUCAAAUUCUUCAACAUCUUCAUCACCAAAUAAUAAUGGAAGUCCUCAUUCUUCCUUCACAAGCCAAUCAACUGCUAAUUCCCCAGUUGUCGAUGCCAAGAGAAACCCCCAACAACAAGCACAACAACAAUCAACUCAACAAGAAGCACAUCAACAACCUUCUUCAGCUUCAACACAACAGACUUCUCAACAAAUUCAACCACCUCAAUCUUUACAUCCUCAACUUAAUCAUUACCCUACUUACUUACAAUCACAUUCGAGCCAACAACCAAAUUAUUCAUACAAUCAACAACAACAACAACAACAACAACAACAACAACAACAACAACAACAGCAAACAGAGAAUGAUCAAUCAGUAAAUAAUUAUUUCCCUCAACAAACAACUUUUGGAAAUGCUCCAACAUUACCAACUACUUCAACCAAUGAAAUCCGUAAAAGUAUGGUUUCACAACAAGAACAAACUGUUAUAAAACCACCAAAGAAAACAUAUAAAAAGAUAAAGGCUGAAGAUUUAAGAGGACCCUUCAGAUGUCUUUGGGGAGAUUGUAGAAUUAUUUUUGAAACUCCAGAGAAAUUAUAUGAUCAUUUAUGUGAUGAUCAUGUGGGUCGCAAAUCAUCUAAUAAUUUGUCUUUAACUUGUAAUUGGGAAGAUUGUAGAAUCACAACAGUUAAAAGAGAUCAUAUUACAUCACAUUUAAGAGUUCAUGUACCUUUAAAACCUUUCCAUUGUGAUUUAUGUCCUAAAUCUUUCAAAAGACCACAAGAUUUAAAGAAACAUUCUAAAAUUCAUGCUGAUGAUCAUCCAAAGAAAUUAAAGAGGGCUCAACGUGAAUUAUUAAAGCAACAACAAAGAGAAGCUAAACAAAAAUCCAAACUUUAUUCGGGUGCAUUGACCUCAAAGAAGUAUAUUGGAGGAGGCUAUGAAUAUGGAUAUAAUAAUAAUCCAAAUGAAGUUAACUCGUCUUAUACAACUUAUCCAUCAAUUAAUCAACAACAUCAAGAUCUUUAUGAUCAACAACAGAAUAGAAAGAGAAGAUUUGAAAAUAAUUCUCAACAUAACAUGUAUGUUGUUAAUAGUAUUUUGAAUGAUUUCAAUUUCCAUCCUAUGAAUAAUGAUUUCCAAACUAAAAAGUUGAAGCAAGAUGUAAACCCUCAAUAUAAUAUGGAAAUGUUCAAUAAAUUGAAUCAUAUUGAAGAUCAUAUUCACACUCAACCACCACAACAGCAACAGGCUCAAGUUGGACAACACAAUCCAUCAUUUGGAGCAGCAGCUGCUUUCACAAAUGGUAACAUCUAUGAAGCUGAAAAAUUCUUCAACUCAUUAUCCAACUCCAUCGACAUGCAAUAUCAAACAUUAUCUUCUCAAUAUCAAACACAAGGUGGUCAAAUUCCCCAACAACAAGCACAAGCACAAGCUCAAGCUCAACAGGCCCAUCAACAAGCCCAACAACAAUCUUUAUACCCAUCAUUACCACAAUUAUCUUCAUCAGCAUCGACUUCAACCAAGAGUAAUGAUUCUAUUUUAUCGACUAACCACAAUUCUUCUUACUUACCAAGCUAUCCUCAAAUUAACAGACCAUUGGGUAACACUUACUUCAAUCAUCAUCAUAGCGGGUUGAAUCCAGUUGCCAUGGAAUUUGGUGGAGUAUCAACAUACCAAAAGUCAGGACAAUCAUUACCACAUGAAGAAGAUGAAGAAGACAGUGAAAUCACUUCGGAUGAUGCUAGUGAAUCUUCCUACAGUGAAGAAGAAUUUGAUGAUGAAUAUGAAGAAGAUGAGGACGAAGAAGAAGAAGACGACGAUGAAGAAGAAGAAGAAGCAGAUGAUGUUCAUGUCUUAUUCAACAAAUUAUCUAUUAGUAAGGAUCCUUUCAACUUACAAGAUGUUUCUAAACAUAGAGAAAUGAUUAAAUUAGUAUGUGACUACAUAAAAGAACAAAUUGAAAAGGAAAAGUCUUCAAGUGAUGUCCAAGAAGAGGAAAAGUCAUCUUCCAGCCUUUAUCCUACAAUUGCUGCCUUUUAAAAGAGGUCAAGCAAAAAAGAAGCAGUUUCACAUAUAUUAAUCAAUCGUAUUCUCUACCAAAACCGUUCAAUUCUGUUGUAUUUAUUACCUACUAAUGACUUUCACUUGACUACUUAGUUUUAGUUUCUCUUAUUUUAUUAUUUUUUAUAUCGAUUGAUUUAAUGUUAUUCUAGUUUCGUAUAUGUAUUGUUAUUUAAUGUAUUGGAUUCUAAAUAUUUCAAUUAUU